CAAAGUAAAAAUUCUCGCUCGAACCGAUGAGAACCGGGAUCAACGGUACUUUUGAUUACUCCAACAGCUGUAGUACUGGUAGGAAAACUACAACUGUUGUGUGUAACAAGAAUGAGUUCCUCUUCUGAUGUACAGGUCCAAGGCUCAAAUGAUUGGAGUAUUGCUUCAAAAUUGUCAGCAAUCACAGCUGGUUAUUAUAAAGACUUAUUUAUUUCUUGUUUCGCCCAAAAACCAGUCAAGAGAUCAUCUCUUAUUCAUCGAGGAUAUUAUGUUAGGGCCAAAGCUAUGCAUUACAUUUUUGACAGGUUCCUGUCUCAACAUCCAAAGUGUCAGAUAAUCUCCUUUGGAGCUGGUUUUGAUGAUUCCUACUUUACAUUGAGGCAACAAGGACACACUCAAUGCCAGUAUGUCGAAAUUGAUUUCCAAGAUGUUGUCACUAAGAAAUGGCAAUUAAUCAAGAAUCACCCUUAUUGUGCAGAGCUAGCUGCAGAAAAGGAUGCCUACCAGCUUGUGGCAGCUGAUUUAAGGAAUCUUCCAUCACUCACAAAGCUGCUGUUUGAAGAACUAUUGCUGAGUCCCUCAGAUCCCACAUUAUUCAUCUCUGAAUGUGCCAUCACAUACAUGGAUGAAUGCAGCUCUAGCAAACUGAUUGAGUGGUGCGGGACCACGUUCCCGAACGCAGUUUUUGCAGUCUAUGAGCAGAUUAGACCAAACGACGGUUUCGGAAGAGUGAUGCAACAGCAUUUCAUCCAACUAAGCAUACCCUUACUAAGCCUACCGGUUUAUCCUGACCACGAAACCCAACAAAAUCGUUAUCUUCAUAAGGGCUGGACUUCUUGUGAAGUUUACGAUAUCAAUGAAUUUGUCCAUAAACUUGUGCCGUCUGAUGAGCUGGAACGUAUGAGAAAACUAGAAACGUUCGAUGAGUAUGAAGGUUUCAAUGAAAAGUGUUCACAUUACAUCAUACUAACGGCGGCCAAAGGAAAUUGUAAGACACCACUUCCAGUCAAAGAUCAGGAAACCAAAGAUCACGUGUUUGAUACUACUAGUCUAAAAAGUUGGCAACUUUUCAAGUCCCCGAUCCAACGUUAUGGACAAGCUGGAUGCGCCAAUUCUAUUGGCAUUUGGAUAGUGGGUGGAUUUGGUGCGCGGCCACAAGGGCACGGAAGAUUAGAUGACUUGAUCCUUGCUCGCCGGGAUGGGACAAUCGAAUCCAGAUUAAAAGACAAAAGAUUGGCAAGAAUGUAUCAUUCACUUCACUUCAUGCAGUCCAGGCUUAUUGUCUAUGGUGGGAGGACACACCCUGCCAUGGCUUUGGGUGAUUUGGGCUUCAUUGACACGGAAAGAAAUGAAAUCGAAUGGCUGGACGGACAGCCCGAAAACGGAUGGCCUGAGCCUCGCUGGCGUCAUGCCUCAUCCAUCAUUGCGCCGUGCAGCAUUUUCAUUUGCGGCGGUUGUGGUCGACAAAACAAUCUUUUAAAUGACUGUUGGGUGAUGCGGGUUCUUCUCCAGUCAGGAACUAAAACGCCAUCCGUCAAAUGGGAGCCUUUCCUGUCACUGCCAUCCGGCCGCCAUUCCGCUGUUGCGUCAUAUUGGAAAGAUUUGAUUGUUAUCUCUGGAGGAUUAAAUAAAUCGGAAAUGGCUUGCCAGCCCACACUUCUCGUUUCGAAUACGAGUUGCAGCCAAGAAUGGAGGGAACCCGUAUGGAGUGGACCAUCACCUAUUCCUCGUUAUUCCCACCAGGCUCUCGUCACGACUGACAAUCGAAUGAUUCUCGUUGGAGGAAUUUCCACCUGCCACCCAAGCUCACCUGGCGUUUGCGUCAUCGAUUUACAAAGUUGGACGUGUGUCGAAUAUUCUCUGCCUGUUCAAGACAUUGCGCAACCGGUGAUUCUCGCCAGCUUCAAUGCUCAAUUGAUUGAAGAGAAUGAAGACACGAAAAUUCUCUGCUGGGGUGGUGGUAGUCCCUGUUUCUCAUUUGGUACUCACUUGAAUGGCGUCAUUGUUGAAUUGGAAGUGUAAAACAAAUAAAGAGGAGACACACACUUUUCAUUUGAAAA